AUGUCAAGCCGCCAUGACGUCAGGGCCGCCGGAAGUGUGGAGGAACCGCUAGUAGGGUGUCCGAGUGCAGGAGUUUGUGAGGAGAGACGACAGGGAUUUGGUGUGCAGGAGUUUGUUGAGGGCUCCAAAUAUGAGGGAGAGUUUGUGGAUGGCCUCAAACAAGGCAAGGGAAGGUACACAUGGAGAAGCGGAGAGUUCUAUGAAGGCUCUUUCUACAAAGACUACAGGCAUGGUGAUGGAAUGUACUGUUGGCCAACAGGCAACAAAUUCUUUGGCAAGUUCUACCUUAAUUGGAGAGAGGGAUAUGGAAAACAUAUUUUCCCUGAUGGAGCCAUAUUUAAGGGUUUGUAUUAUGCUGACCAAAGGUUCGGUCCUGGUGUGCUUAGUGAGCCAUCAGGAUAUCAAGAUGUCGGAAUUUGGCACGGGAAGCAUCUGAUACAAAUGUGUAACUCUGUACAAGGCAGCUUCAGCCUGAAAAAUUUUACAGAAUAUGCUGUCUACUUGGAGAAACCUACUACCUCACAUUCUCGGAGUCAAACUCCCCAAACAGUUCUCUCUGAUGGACUUGCCAGGACAGAUUCAGGGGUAGACACGGACGAUGAUUUGCUGCUCUUUGAUGAAAACACAAUUCUCCCUUCUGGCAUUGAAAAUUAUUCCACUGAUGGUGACCACCUACCAUUGCCCCCGCAUGUUAGGAAAGAUUUCGACCACCAUUUUUUUGGCCCGUUAUGGGAACCUGAUUCUCACCCAUAUGAAGGCUACAAACGAGACCCGCUCUCCACACUCCCUUCAACAGACAAAAUGUUGGCCCACAUUCACAAACACAGACAGCAAGCUGAAAAAUUGGACUGGGAUGUUGCGAAAGUUCUUUCCUAUAAAAGGGACAAUUUUGGACCUAAAGGACCUUUGGAAAUCGCAUCAGAGCUACUAAUCCAUCAAGCUUCCAUUGGAGAACGACAGGCUGUUUUGCAGAUUCUACUGGAUGGCCUUGUUCACCCCGAUGUAGCAGAUUCUCAAGGACACACUGCAUUGAUUGCUGCCACGAUAAACUGUCACAAUGAUGUGAUCCAGCUCUUACUGGAUAUGGGGGCUAGUAUUGAUAGGCUGAAUUUUGAGGGAAUGUCUUCAUUGUCAGUGUGCCAUGUCCUUUACUAUCCUAUCCAGUGUUUGUACACGUUUUCUGGACCUCCAGCCAAAACACAGGAAAUCGCAGAAGAGCCCACUGAUGAGUUAAUUCCAGAUGAUGAUAACAGAAGUAACCAGAAAAAAGUGCUACCGUCGGAGGGCACAAUUCAGGACAGUGAUAUGGCCCCAGAACAAUCCUUUUCUUCUUCCUGCUCAUUGUAUAGCUACAACAUAGAAGUCUCAGAGGCAAUCAUGCAGGGUGCAGCAGAAGCUCUGAGUCGCACUGGGUUUCCUCAGCAUUCUGAUACUCAGGAGACUGUUCGCAAAAUGGCUGCAAAAAAAUUUAUGCAUCGUUUUCGUCUGUCCACACUGAAUUUGCUAUUGGAUCGGGGUGCAGACCCCAACGUUUGCAAAGUCCCCUUACCUGUCCUCUUUGUGGCCAUUAUGGCUGGAGACACAGGAACUGUCAGGAGACUUUUACUGAGUGGAGCUCACACGAGCAUUUCUCUCUCACUUGAGAGGAAAGGCCUUUAUCCUCUACACGUGGCUGCAGAACUGCCAGGCCCAGAAAGUCCCAAAAUCAUAGAACUGUUGCUGCAUGCUCUAUCUGACCCAGAUGCCCGAGCAUGUGACCAGAAUGAGAUCUACGAACUCGAUAAAGUGUGUAUGUGUGUGGUUGUAGUUCAAUUGCUAGACUCAUUAUUUCUGCUUAUUUUGCAGGUUUCCAUGAUAAUAAGGAGAUCAUGCAGGGUCCGGUGGAAGCCAAGUCCUGAAGAAGGAGGUCGAACAGCUCUGCACAUGGUCUGCCAGAGAGAAACUGAUCAAUGUAAUGCCAGCAAGGCGGUGUCGCUCCUCCUCUCCCAUAGAGCCAGAACAGAUCUCCUCUGGAGCGGACAUUCACCUCUUUCCUUAGCCAUAUCCAGUGGCAAUGAAAUGGCAGUGGAGGAGCUGUUAAAAGGGGGUGCAGAUCCCAACAUUCCCUUAGGGUUUGGAGUGGGCAAUGCCCUUUGCGCCCUCAGUAACUUCAGCUACAACUUGGAUGGAAAAAGAGUAAAACUGUUGGACAUGUUAGAAAAGGCUGGUGCUGACAUGUUGAUGCCAGUUCAAGUCGGCGAUAUCAAAGGGACUGCAGUUGACUAUGCACACUUCUCUUUCAACCAGGAUUUGCGUAUUGCCAACACACCCUUCCAUACGCUCAACAUGGAGGAGCGAGAAACAUUCAAAGCACGCCGUCACCUGCUUAGCCUGAUGGGAGAUCUGCUUCGAUACAAGGCUGUUAAAAGAGAGAAAGAGAAUUUAGAGAGAGAAAAGCGCCAUUUACAGAAGAGUGAAGUUGCAAGUUCUUCUGACAACAAAGCUCCCGCACCAAGGAAGCCAUUUAAGUUCUGCUAUCAUUGUGGACGUUCUGCAGCUGUGACACUAACUGCUUGUACUCGCUGCCACAAGGUUCUUUACUGCUCAACGCAUUGUAAACUCAAGGCAUGGAACAAAGGACACAAGGAAGAGUGUGUCCGCGAGUGUCAGGAGUAGACUUUGUCCGGUUCCCUUUUAGAACGCGGGAGACCGUCCAUCCGAUCCAGCCCAUCUGACAGUACUGGCCAUGACUUGCAUUCAAAUUGCCUGUCAAAUAUGACAGUCCUGCAAUAUUCAGAACCUUGAGGCAGAUCACUGGUGCAAGGGGCGCUCCUUUUUUAGAGACUACCUCAAAAUUCCCAAUCUCAGUGAUGACAUGCCCAACUUUAUUCUUCCAGCACUUGUUUUUCUCUUGCAUGAACUAUCUGUCCAUGGGGUGUACAUAGGUGAGGUUUUGUAGGCCAAGUGUUUCCUGAAAAGUAUACUUACUAUUGCUCCAAAGGAUUUGUGAUGGCUACCACAUCCACCAUUGACCUGCAACCUUGAAGUCAUGCGCUUUUGAACACCCUUAAUGUACUAAUGUUGUUUUUUUUUUUUAUUAUGGAAUCUGUAUUUUCAUAAAAACAAUAAAAUAAAACUUGGG